AUGUCUUCCCAUGACAGUGACCCAUUCUAUCUCAGGCGGGAAAACACGGUCCAUGAAUUUUUGGAGUUUGAGUACUCCCAUGGUCGUCUUCGAUAUGCCAACAACUCGAAUUAUAGGAAUGACAGCUUGAUCCGGAAAGAAAUGUGGGUUGGGCCGUUAGUGGUCAAGGAGCUCAAACGCAUUGUGGAAUCGAGUGAAAUCACAAAGGAAGACGAUACGAAUUGGCCGAAAAAAAACAUCGUUGGAAAGCAAGAACUCGAGAUACGUGUAGGCAAUGACCACAUUGCUUUCGAGACUGCGAAAAUCGGGUCGCUUGUUGAUAUCCAAGACAGCGAGGAUCCUGAAGGACUUCGUGUAUUUUACUACCUCGUACAAGACUUGAAGUGUUUGAUAUUCUCCCUCAUUUCUCUUCACUUCAAGAUCAAGCCUAUCUAG